CGCCGCUCCGCGGCCCGUGCCCCCCCGGCGGCGCGGCGAUGGCGCCGGUCGCCGUCAUCGUGGGUUGCGGCUCCAAGCACGACAGGGGCGGGGCAGACGCGGAGCUGCCGGCGACCAGCCGCUGGGGCCUCGGCGGCGACCAUCGAUUGUCCCUGCGCUUCGCAGCCCGGGGCUUCCACGUGGCGCUCCUGGGCAGGCGGCUCGAGGUCGCCGAGGCCGUGGCCGCAGAGGUGCGUAGCCAAGGCGGCGCCGCGACGCCAAUCGUGUGCGACGUGGCCGACGACGCCAGUGUGCGGGGCGCUUUUGAGGCGGCCAGGGCCCUGGGCGACAUCCCGAAGGGUCUUGGUCUUCAACGCUGCCCCCGGUUUUCCGCCCGGGCGCACCUUCAGCAACAUGCCCGAACCGCAGGAGAUCGACCCAGAGUAUCUCACGGGCGCGUUCAACAUCGGCGUCACCGGCUGCGUCCGGUGCGUUCGCGAGGUCGUGCCACAGAUGCUCGAGCGCAGCCGCGGCUCUAUCUUACUCAGCGGCGCAACCAUGGCGCUGCGCGGUGGAAGCAAGUUCGGCUGCGUGGCGCCCGUCAAGACGGCUUUGCGCUCGCUAGGGCAGUCGAUGUACCAGGCGUAUGCGUCCAAGGGGGUCCACGUGGCACACGUGGUCAUCGAUGGAGUCAUCGAGAGCCCCAACACGAAGGAGUGGGGGGGAGAGGGCCUGAUGCUCCAGAACCCCGCAGACCUCGCGGAUGCGUACAUCGCCCUGCACGAGCAGAAGCCCACGGUUUGGUCCUACGAGAUCAUGCUGUCGCCCCAGCGCGGGACGCCCGGCAUGCGCAUGUGA